UUGGCACUUUUGUUUGUGGUGGGGAAGUUAGGAAAUAGAAUCUGUGUGUGUUUCAAACAAUUUGUGUGUGAAUAUGUUUAGGUUUGAGAUGGACAGUUCUAAAGCAAAUCUAGGUAGGAUUGAGGCACAAGUGUCAAUGGAUAUGUCUUAUGAUGAAGAGACAGGAACAGUCUACAAUGGCACAGUUCAGCUACUAUCUCAGAAAACACUUCGUUCACAUGACUCCUUUCAAAUCGGAGGAGGUGGCGCUGGGGACACUGAACCUCUGCCAAAGUUCCCUAAUAAACUUAUAUUGUCGGAAAUAUUCACUCCCCCUGGUGAAGAUGUCCAGAUGACUCCAGAGACUUUUAGUGAAAUAAGUGAUGGGAGGAAACAAAGUUUGAGAAGCAAUGGAACACCAAUUUCACGUCUUAAGAGCUAUGAAGGAGAUUCAGUUCUUCAUCUUGCAGCUGCAUGGGGUCAUUUAGAACUAGUGAAGGAGUUUGUCUCUGAAUGUCCGUGCCUUCUGUUUCUGCCCAACUCCAGCGGUAAGACACCGCUUCAUAUGGCGGCUUCUGGUGGUCAUACCGCUGUUGUUGAGACUUUUGUUGAGAUGGUAACAUUUGCUUCAGAUAGAUUGUGUACCGAAGAGAGUGAGAGAGAGAUGCUGAAUCUAUACGUUCUCAAGGACAAUGAUGGAAACACUCCUCUGCACUACGCCAUUGAAAAAUACCAUCGAGAGACGGCUCUAGUUCUGGUGAAGGCGAACAAGGAUGCUGCUUUUCUUGGAAAUAACAAAGAAGUUUCAUCCUUGUAUAUGGCAGUACGAACUGGAUGGUUAGACAUUGUAAAAGCAAUUUUGAGAAUCACAAGCAAGGAGGACCUUGAACUAAAGAAGUUUAACUUUGAUUCGAAGUUACAAGGGAAAAAAUAUCUUGCACAUGCUGCCUUGGAUGCCAAGAGCCUAGGUAUCCUUGAUUACCUUCUUCGUGAAUAUCCAAGUGUUAUGGACGAGCGAGAUAGUGAAGGAAUGACUUGUCUUUCAUACGCAGCAUUCAUAGGGUAUUAUGACGGAGUAUGCAACCUGUUACACCGAUCAACAAAUAUUGUUUAUGUCUGCGACCAAGAUGGUUAUUUCCCAAUUCAUAGGGCAGCAGAGGAAGGUCAUAAAAGAAUUGUUGAAGAGUUUAUAAAAGAGUAUCCAUGUUCAAAAUACCUACUAAACAAACUUGGUCAGAACGUUCUCCACGUCGCAGCGAAAAAUGGGAAACAAGAGGUUUCAAUAAUGUUGAUGAAUAAUAAAGCUACGGAACAUUUGGGUAUUGGGCAAGAUGUGGACGGGAAUACACCUUUGCACCUUGCCGUCAUGAAAUGGCACUAUAGAUCCAUUACUUUGCUUGCUAACGGUAACUAUAUACUAAAAUUACGUAACAAAAGAGGCUUAACAGCUUGGGAAAUCGCCGAGUCCGAGAUGAAACCAAACUACAUCUUUCGUGAGAGGUGGACGCUAGCACUUAUAUUAUACCUUGCUCACUCAAAAGGUUGUACAAGUGUAAAGUCAUUAACACAACCGUCAGAGCCAGACACUAAGAAUAACAGAGACUACGUCAACUGUCUUCUAGUGGUAGCAGCUCUUGUAGCCACAGUGACGUUCGCUGCAGGUUUUACAAUACCAGGUGGGUUCAACAGCCAAAAGCCAAACUUGGGCAGAGCAACUUUGGCCACUAAUCCAACCCUAUGGAUUUUUAUACUUUAUAACAUCUUGGCAAUGCAAAGUUCGGUUGCAGCAAUAGGUAUUCUUAUUUGGGCGCAGUUGGGUGAUCCAGCACUCAUUAGCUCAUCUUUACAUGUGGCCAUGCUCUUACUGCUUUAUUCUUUACUCUGCAUGCCCUUGGCCUUUCUUUUUGGGGUGAUCACUGAAAUUGGGAAUGUGAAAUGGCUUAUAGCCAUCAUUUGCAUUAUAUCUGUUUUAUUCUUCAUGUUGGCCAUCUUUGUCUUUGGCCCUCACGUCAUGCUACAGCGAGACCGCGUUUCUCCCAAGUACACUGGUUACUUUCUCGUCACUUUUAUGCAGUCUAAAGAGAUUUUUCAGUUUUUUGUGGAU